AACCGUCGCUGUUCAGUGUGUGUUUCAGUGUGAGUGCGCGCGCUCUCCGCUAGAACGGCAGAUCCGCUCGUGAGGCGGAGGAGAUCAGACCGAACCCGCUCUGCUCCCGCUAACACACACACACACACACACACGCGCGCGCGCGCGCGCACACAUUGUGCAAAGCCCGUAACGGCUGUGUAGGGGCGCGAGCGCUUUUGGAUCCGCGCUGUUACGCAGCCACACCUACCAUCAUCUCUCUCUCUCUCUCUCUCUCUCUCUCUCUCUCUCUCUCUCUCUCUCUCUCUCUCUCUCUCUCACACUCACACUCACACACACACACACACACACGCGCGCGCGCUCGCAGGGUGUGUGGACAGGCUUUUGGCCGCCGCAGUGGCCCCCGGUGAGUGAAUGAAGGAGCUGAGGGAGAAAUGCCCCACCGGCGGACGCACUGACCGGAACCCCUGAGUUUGGCUUUGACCAGCAGUGCGUGGACCGACCCCCGGAGCCCCCCCACAGAGCGAGCAGACCAGGCGACCACUGCCAUGGCAACCGGUGCCCCCUUCCUCCCGAUGCUCCUAGGCAUUCUCCGAUUGGCCACCUGCUCGUUUCCAGAGGAACCAGGCCCUUUAAUCUCCGCCCCUGCCGAGGUUGCUAGGCGCUAUCCUGUGUUUCUAGGCCGAGCUCAUCGUUCCUAUAUGCGGCAGGAGCCGCUGUACAUUCAGAGCGUCCUCAAAGUCAACCGCACACUCUACAUCGGGGCAAGAGAUGACCUUUAUCGCGUGGAGUUGGACCAUGUAUCAGGAGAUGAGAUGUUCUACAGCAAAAAGAGAACGUGGGAAUCCAACAAGAACGACAUUCGAAUCUGCAGGAUGAAGGGCAAACAUGAGGAGGAGUGCCGUAACUAUAUGAAGGUUCUGCUGAGUCAGCAUGGUGGUCUUUUUGUGUGCGGCACCAACGCCUUCAACCCACUGUGUGCCAAUUACACUAGAGACACUCUGGAAAUGGUCGGAGAGCCCAUCAGCGGGAUGGCCAGAUGUCCGUAUGACCCCAAACAUGCCAACGUAGCUCUGUUUGCAGAGGGCAGCCUGUUCACGGGCACAGUGACAGAUUUCCUGGCCAUCGACGCUGUAAUCUACCGCAGCCUGGGAGAUGGCCCAGCCCUCCGCACCAUCAAACAUGACUCCAAAUGGUUCAGAGAGCCCUACUUUGUGAGUGCUGUGGAAUGGGGACCUCAUAUCUACUUCUUCUUCAGAGAGAUGGCUAUGGAGUUCAACUAUCUGGAAAAGGUGAUGGUGUCCCGUGUGGCGCGUGUUUGUAAGGGGGACUUGGGAGGUUCUCAGCGUGUGCUGGAGAAGCAGUGGACAUCAUUCCUGAAGGCCAGACUGAACUGCUCCAUUCCAGGAGAUUCCCACUUUUACUUCAACCUGCUGCAGUCUACCAGCCCCAUAAUACGUAUGCAUGGCAGAGACAUCAUACUUGGGGUCUUCUCGACACCCCCUAACAGCAUCCCCGGCUCGGCAGUGUGUGCCUUCGACAUGCAGCAGCUGGCACGUGUGUUCGAGGGCAGGUUCAAGGAACAGAAGUCUCCGGAAUCCAUCUGGACCCCUGUGCCUGACGAACUGGUACCUAAGCCCAGGCCUGGUGGUUGUGCUGGUCAGGGCUCCAGGUUCAGCUCCUCCACGGCUUUCCCAGACGAGGUGUUAAAUUUCAUAAAGACGCACCCUCUCAUGGACGAGGCUGUUCCUUUGCUGGGACACAGACCCUGGAUAGUCAAAACAAUGGUCAGAUACCAGCUAAACACCAUGGUGGUGGACACAGAGGCAGGACCACACAGAAACCGGACAGUAGUGUUUCUCGGGUCCACUCGGGGGACCGUUCUUAAAUUUCUCAUCAUCCCUGGCAGAGAUAGCCCUUACUCCAACACCAACAUCUUCCUGGAGGAACUGGAAGGCUACAAUCCUGAGAGGUGCGGGGACGACUCCAUACAGGCCCGCCAGCCGCUGUCUCUCACUCUGGACAGACCCAGCCACACACUCCUGCUGGCCUUCCACUCCUGUGUGGUCAGGCUGCCUGUAGCGCGCUGCCAACUGCACUCCCGCUGCAUGAAGAACUGCAUCUCCUCUAGAGAUCCGUAUUGCGGCUGGACCAGAGGAAGCACCUGUUCUCUCCUCAGACCUGGAACCAGGCUUCCCUUUGUGCAGGAUGUUGAAUAUGGCAACAUCACACAUCUUGGAGACUGUGAUGGUCUGCUGCACGAGAGCUUCAUGGAUGAGCCAGAGAGUCUGGUGACCCUAAACCUGCUGGUUGUGGCUGCUGUUUCAGCCUUCUCCACUGGGGCAGCACUGUCAGGUCUGGCUGUGUGCUGGAUCAUGGGCCAGAAGCAUCGGCAUCGCUCCCGCAGCAACACAUCCUCCUCCUCCUCUGGCGGCAACCAGCGGAAGAGCGAGAAGGAGCGGAGCAUGCUGGGGCCGAGCGGGAGUGGCUCGGUAAUGAGCGUAUCAAGGCACAGUGUGGCGGAGAGGUCACGGCCGCAGGGCGAGACACUCUUCGUCAUGCCGAAUGGUUGGGUGAAGGCGGGCGACCUCGACCCAGGACUGCUGCCCACACCCGAGCAGACGCCACUGCAGCAGAAGCGCCCACCUCCAGGUCUCCUCCGCCUGUCUGACUCGGGCUCAGGCUGGGACCAGAGCCAGACCUUCCUGAACUCAGUGGGCACCCAGUGCCCGCCCCCACCACCCUCUGCCAUUUUUCUCAGCUCCAAGCUCCUCCAGGGUGCUGGUGACAGACGCCACGAUGACACCGUGGACCGGCAGCGCUACGUGUCCCUCUCCAGGUACCGCGAGCAAGCUGGCCGUCCAGGAACUCUGCUACGCAAGUCAGCAGGUGACUACGAUUACCCAGUAACCCCGCAAGAUUCGCCCGACCGUAGGAGGGUGGUAUCGGCACCCAGCACACAGAUGGAGUACGGUGGAGAGACCCUGCGCUGGACCCAUGAGGGUUACAUUUUUAGCCAUGCUGCACCUCCCUCUGGUCACCACUAUGGCCCAGCUGGGCCACACCUCACCCGCUCCGUUCUGCAUGGCUCCCGUGGCCUCGUGGACCUGGCAGAGUUCAGCCACCUGCUGGGCAAGGGAGGUGUUGAGCGAGCCCCAUCAGGCCAGUGAAAGAGAGGGCAAGCGAGAGAAAAAGGGUGCUGUGAAAAAGGAGAAAGUCGUAAAGAAGAAAAUGUGAAGGAGGCAAUGCCUCAGACCUCUUGCAGAGCCAGCAGGAUCUGGCCAAUAACAACUCUCUCUGUCUUGCUCUCUCUCUUUUUCUGUCUCUCCCUCGUCUGCAAGCUCGGUUUUUGAUCUCCUCUUGCUCUCUGUAUCAUGCUGUGAUCAGUCACUGGAAACACCCCACAGCUUUUGACCUUAUAGCUCAUGUUGUUGCAGUGCAGAGGAAUAACUAUGGGUACUUUCAUAUUGCAGGGUUGCUACGAAUCAGAUUUUUGCCUAAAUGGGACACAGAUGGGAGCUGAGCUGCUGUAGUUUUGUUCACACAGCAGGACAAAUGAUUUGAUUGGUUUAGUGAAUAUGAUUAGCAUUCACACUGCGCAUGUCCAUAUCUGAUUUGUAUGGCUGGACUGUAGUCGCAUAUGAUAUAUCGCCAUUAGUAAUAUUGCAUAAGCUCUUUAUAAAAAACAUAAAUCCUAUCUGAAUGGUCAAACCGAAUCACAUCUCCAGAAAUCUGAAUUUGAAAGCGCAUAAAAAUGUGGCUUGAAUCCAAUUGGAAAACAUCAAACUCCAGUUGACAUUCAGACCGCAGGAAGUCUUUCCUAUUCAAAUCUGAAACUCUGAAAAAUUAGAUUUCAAAGACUUUCUUACAUGGUCCUAAACUGGAUAUCCAAUAUGUGACUAUGUACUGAGAAUCUGGAUUCACAUUUUUUUUUUGUAAAUUACACAGAUAAACAUAUCACUGUCGUCAUCGUCCAGCGUCACAUGUGGAUUAUGCAUGUGACGUUAUUGAUUUCAUUAUUGACUGAUGACACAUAUAGAUCAUUUACAAGCAUGUGAACCAUCAAGGCCGUAAGAAUGGAUUUGAGCAAUAAAGUUUAUAACAUAAACAUGGCCCAACACGUACCCUCCCAUAGUUCGUCCUCACACUGUCUAGCUGUGUGGCCAACCGCUCACUGCAGAGCCUUCAGCAGGAGGGAGGCGGCUAACAAACUGCAGCAUAUGCGAAUGCAGCCCAGUUAAUGAUGUCCAUAUCUAUUCCCAGUGGCAGACACUGUGCUGGCUGAUGAAAGUAAUGUCUCUCCCUCGCUCACAAACACACACACACAUACACACUCUCUCUCGUCGAUUACAGAAUGUGCUGGCGUGUCCUCACUCACAGGGGAUUUCCGAGCCGCUGGAUGUAAUAAAACAGUCCGAAGGCAUCAAUUCCCUCUGCAGCAUGGGGACGGUGUGCCUCGUCCCAUCUACAGAAUGGACCCAUAACUCAUUCAUGUAGCCCCACCACUCCUGAAAAACAAUGUAAAGCCAGACAUAAGACUAAUUCACGCUGAAAUAUAAAAUAGCCCACUCCCGAAAGGGGUCAUGGCCCAAGUGAUAUGAAAGUUUUGUCGCUAGCUAUGUUUACAUGCACAUCAAUGGUUCACUGUUAGUGUGAGUAAAAGCUGCACCAUGUAAGAUUGUUUUCUUGAAAUUGAAAGAAGUAGUGGAAGUAGAAAAAGAAAUCGGAAAUAUGUUGUGAGUCGCCCUUUAAAGCCUGAGUUAACAAUUUGAAAGUCAGAGGACUUGGGAUAGAUUUUAGUUUUUCCAACCACAUAUUAUGAUCACACCCACAGCCU